CCUUGGAUCUGGGGCUGCGUAUCAGCGCCGGGUGGCUCCGCCCUCAUCCAGAUGUGCGCCUCUCUCUCUCUGGUCUCUCCAGUCCUCUGCUGGCCUCAGCAGAGUGCGGAGCCUCGGGGAGUCAACAGGAGACGACGGAUAGACAAACUUGAAGUAGAAAUAAAGAGGAACCGGCUCAUUUUAGCUGUGGUCGGAGUCAGCCAGAUGUCAGUCAUUCUAUGGAGUAGUGACUGGGGUCGGUAGUCCACAACGAGGCGGAGUUUGGAAUGUGGUUUUGUUUUCACCUGUGCACCCUGAGACGCAGAGCGGAUGGAGAGAGGCAGGACUGAGUGCGCUGCCUGUUGAGAGAGAGAGAGAGAGAGAGAGAGCGGACACUGCUGACAGGGAGCGGUCUGAUUUCGACCUCUGGUGUGAAUCCUCAGUUUGCUUUACAGAGGAGCCUGGAUGGAAAGAGGAAAAGGAGAAGAAAAAGAAAAACAAGCACAUCAUUAAUUAAUUUUUUCUUUGCUGCUUUUCGUCUCUGCCGCGGGAUUGGGAUGUAACCGGUGUCCACAUGCAUUUGGAAGUCCCGUUAAUUGAAAUCGAUCAAGUGGGGUCUUUUUGGAUGUGAAGCCGCAGCAGAGGGUCUUUUUCCUCUCCUACUCCCCCUCCUCCUCCUCCUCCUCCUCCUCCUCUCACCUGCAACAUGACUUCACUGUCGGGGACCAAGGAGAGGUCUGUGAGCAGCCGGAGCAGAAAAUAUGGGGUUCCUGACACUUCUCCGACCAAAUCUGGAUCCUUUUUCCCAGACACGUGGUACAGAAAGGCCUACGAGGAAACCAACCGCUCCAACACGCGCCCCGCCCCUGAGGGAGCCGGCUCCAUGCCAAGCUCCACAGGCACCCCAUCCCCGGGCUCAGGAAUCUCUUCACCAGGAUCCUUCUCUGGCUCUCCUGGGACCAUCUCUCCUGGGAUUGGUACAGGAUCACCUGGGUCUCUGGGUGGCUCCCCGGGAUUUGGGACAGGUUCACCAGCCUCAGGCAGUGGAAGUUCCCCAGGCAGUGAGAGAGGGAUUUGGUGUGAGAACUGCAAUGCUAGACUGACAGAACUGAAAAGGCAGGCACUAAAACUGCUCAUCCCUGGACCGUACUCCAGCAAGGAUCCCUCCUUCUCUCUCCUUCUUCAUGAUAAGCUUCAGGUGCCCAACAGUUCCCGGCGGGCGUGGAACGAGCAUGACAGUCGGUGUGAUGUCUGUGCCACUCACCUGAAUGAGCUUAAACAGGAAGCUGUUCGCAUGGUCCUCACUCUGGACCAGUGGGAUUUGUCUCCCACCUCCUCCCCUACAUCCCUCAUUGGACGUUAUGGAUCUCAAGGAGCUUUGGGUGCAGUUGGAGCUCCUGGAGCACCUGGAUCACGGGACUGGCCUCCUCCUUGUCUUCCCUCAUCUUCUUCCUCAGCUUGUGCUGCUGUUUCACUCCCUUCUCAUCCAUCCCCCCAGUCUCCAUCACCGAGUCCCAGCCAGACCCCGACUCCCAGUCCCAGUCAUGGACCAUCCAACUCGAGCCAUGGGAGUCCCUCUGCGGGUCAGACAUCCAGCUGUGCAUCCACAAACCCACAGCCUCAAGGAGCAGGACACAGACUGGGAUCCAAGCCCAGCUCCCUGGGGCUCGGAGGUGCAGUGGACAGGAGGAAUGGAUCUCCCAGUUCAGGAAAAGCUGGUGCUCAACAGCAGGCACUGAGUGGAGUUAACAGCCCAGGCAGUAAUAACGGGAGUGGAGCUGUACUGAGCGCAGCAGCUCUUCAGGCCCAUCAGCACCUCAACCGAACUAAUGGAGGAGUUACACUCUAUCCAUACCAGAUCUCCCAGAUGGUCUCCGAGGCCUCCAGAGAGGGUCAGACCGAAGCUGCCCUGAACCGCUACAACACACACUCCCCCUCACACACAAACUCAUCAUCGCACACCAACUCUCCCUCACACACAAACUCAUCAUCGCAUACCAACUCUCCCUCACACACAAACUCAUCAUCGCACACCAACUCUCCCUCACACACUCCGGCUGUAACCACGGCGGCACCAACCACCACCUCUGCUGCUGCCUCCUUUUUUGCCAGAGCUGCACAAAAGUUGAACUUGGCAUCCAAGAAGAAGAAGCAGAAGACCACUGCAGUCACAGCCCCAGUGGCAACAUCAUCACCAUCAUGUGACCCCCCUCUGUUCCCCACUAACUUCAGUGCUGCCCUGUUGAUGGCUCCUCCCCCGGCUCCACCCUGUCUCCUCCGUGCAGCCAACAAAAUCAAAGACACCCCUGGGCUUGGAAAGGUGAAAGUGAUGGUACGUGUGUGCCCAGUGUCUCAGUCCAAUGCAGCAGAGUCCAGUUCCUUCCUUAAAGUUGAUCCUAGGAAAAAACAAAUCACCAUCAUGGAUCCUUCAGCCAAUCACACACCAAGCACCACCUCCCAGAAAAGGUUAGGAGCCAAUCAGGUCCCUCCAAAGAUGUUCACCUUUGAUGCGGCGUUCCCUCCAGAUGCUUCACAGGCGGAGGUGUGCGCAGGGACGGUUGCUGAGGUGAUACAGUCGGUGGUGAAUGGAGCAGACGGCUGUGUCUUCUGCUUUGGACACUCCAAACUCGGUAAAUCGUACACGAUGAUCGGCCGUGAUGACUCUCUGCAGACUCUGGGUAUAAUCCCCUGUGCCAUCUCCUGGUUGUUUAAGCUCAUCAACGAGAGGAAGGAAAAAACAGGAGCACGCUUCUCUGUUCGAGUCUCUGCAGUCGAGGUUUGGGGAAAAGAAGAGAACUUAAAGGACUUACUAUCUGAAGUAGCUACUGGAAGCCUACAGGAUGGACAGUCACCUGGAGUCUACCUGUGUGAGGACCCCAUCUGUGGCAUGCAGCUACAGAACCAGUCUGAACUACGAGCUCCGACCCCAGAGAAGGCAGCCUGGUUUCUGGACGCAGCCAUCGCAGCUCGCCACAACAGCCAGCGGCUCAACACCUCAGAAGAAGAACACAGGAACUCACACAUGCUGUUUACGUUACACAUAUACCAAUAUCGCAUGGAAAAGACGGGCAAAGGAGGGAUGUCAGGAGGGCGCAGUCGCCUCCACCUGCUGGACCUUGGCAGCUGUGAUGUGAAAGUACUUGGGGGAGUAGGAGGAGGGAGUGGCGGGAAAGGCAGGGAAAACUCUUCACCCAGCUCGGCCCCUCUGUGCCUCUCUCUGUCUGCCCUCGGAAACGUGAUCCUGGCCCUGGUCAACGGGAGCAAACACAUCCCAUACAAGGAAAGCAAGCUGACCAUGUUGCUAAGGGAGUCGCUAGGCAACAUGAACUGCCGGACCACCAUGAUUGCUCACAUCUCCGCCUCACCCAGAGAUUUCUCAGAAACGCUCUCCACCAUCCAGAUCGCUUCCCGAGUGCUCCGCAUGAAAAAGAAGAAAACUAAAGUGACCGUGCAAUACACCUCCAGCUCAUCUGGAGGAGAGAGCUCCUGCGAGGAGGGUCGCAUGCGGCGCCCUACCCAUCUGCGACCUUUCCAUCACCGUGGCGAUGCUGACUCCGACCUUCAAUUGUUAAGGCUGUCCAGCGACCCUGACGAAUACUCGAGCAGCGAGCAGUCGUGUGACACGGUUAUCUACGUGGGCCCAAACGGGGCUGCGGUGUCAGAUAGAGAACUGACGGACAAUGAGGGACCGCCGGAGUUCGUACCCAUCAUUCCUGCUCUGCUCAGAGGCAAAACAUCAGAGCAGCAUCAAGCUCAAAGUCAGGCAGGCGGAUCACAGAACAAGGUGCAGUCUCAGCCUGAGGAGCAGCCAAGUGCCCCUACUCAGCCCCUCCCUCAGCCUGCUCAGUCAUUGCUCGGACAGCCACUGCUCGGACAGCCAUUGGCCCCCGUCCCAGAGGAAGCGGCUGAGUGCCUCAAGUGCAACACCUUUGCUGAGCUGCAGGAGAGACUGGACUGCAUCGAUGGCAGCGAGGAGGUGGCGAAAUUCCCCUUUGAAGAGGUUCCAGCAAACAAACAAGGUGCCAAACAAGACCAGUGUCCUUCUUCACCUGUCCCAAACUCUUCUCCCUCUGCUCCCAGCUCUGCUUCGGCAUUGGAUAAAGAAACCAUCACAGGCUCUGCAGGUUGUGUAGGAAGUGCAGUGCAGUCGUCCAGGAGGACCAAUGACCAGCAACUUCAAGAGAUCAACGAGGUGGUGGAGGAGGCUGAGCUGGCAGGGACCAUGAUCCACAACCUGACUCAGAGUUCUGGUUCCACUAUAGUCACUAGUACAAGGAGCAUCACAGGAAGUAACUGCAUCACCUCCAACGCACUGCACAGGGCAAAGAGCUCAAAUCUGCAUGACAGCCCUGAGAGUCUGAAUGCGUGCAGCAACACUGAUGGGAAGGCACGCCCACUAGGAUCACCUCGCCUCGGCAUCGCCAGUUUGACAAAAACCUCAGACUACAGGCCUCCAUCCUCUCCGUCCCAGCGGUGUAAAGUUUACACACAAAAAGGUGUGAUGCCGGCAACACCCCCUCUGUCCUCGCACACUCUGGCUCAGGAAGGCCAGCAGAUCACAGAGGCGCUGACAUCAGACAACAGUUUGGCUGCAGACAGCGGUCGGUCCUCCACUGAGUCUGUGCUGUCCAGGACUUCUCCUGUGGGCAUGAGCCCACAAAUCAAAGAGCCGACUCCAUCUAUGUCUGCCAGCCUGGGCUCAGCAGAGACUCUCUGUGACGAUGAUGUCCCCCCCAUUCCAUUGGAUACACACAGGGAUGCCUGCGGGCCGGCUGUAGCUGUAGCUACAGUUGGACCUCUCUCACAUGUGGAGGAUGAGCUGGUUUACACUGUGGCCUCUGGAGGUGAGGAGAACCUCAGCAUAACAGCUCUCAUGGAGUCUCAGGGUCUGACCUGUGGUCCAAUGAGCAUUGUCAGCUUCAACAGCAACUGCUGCUCUGUCACAGACCUGGCCUCAGGCUCCGAGGCUGUCUGCAUCAUCAGUGGGGCUGCAGAGGACGGAGCUGUGAGGGAUUAUCACAUGCCUGCAGGUCCUGUGACAACCUCAGGGGUUACAGAGGUUGUUGCCAUGGCAGAGGUGGCGAUGGCUAAGCUGCGAAUAGAAGGUGAGGCCCUAGCAUCAGUGAUGUCCGGCUGUGGCUCACCCAUCUCUUCCUGGAUGAGUGAUCUGAGCAUGUGCAGUGAAGGCGACCAGUCUCUACACAGCUUCAGUCAGUCUCAGAGCCAGCAAGGGGAGGCCCUUGCUGAACCUGAACCCAACCUUUCGUUCGGGGUGGAGGGGCUUGGACUUUAUGACGGCUGUGGCAGCCCAAGGAGAGGAAGUGUGGAAGGAGAGGUGGUGCUGUCAGAAACCGGAAGUGACAAAGGAACUCCAACCAAAGACAGGCUGAGGAAAAUGCCUCCAUCCAUGGCUAAGACUAACAUCCAGAUUCUAACAGGACCUGGUAACCUGUCUCCCUUCAAAACCACCAUCAGUGUGCACCCAUGUGUGGUGGUCAAACCCAUGCUUAUACAGGAACCAACCAGCCUCUCUUCUCCCACAAAGACCAGCUUAAUAAAAGACCAUGGCAAAUUUAACACAACACAUUUAGCUUCUAUUUCCAGUGAGAUGAGCUUUGAAGAUCCCUGGUUGAAGCGUGGUGGGGAGGAGGUAAAGUCUAAGGAGUUUGUGUGUGAGGUGAAGCCCGGGAAGAGGGAGUCGGAGCAGCCAAAGAGCCAGAAUGGAGGUGUGAUGGGGGACCAGCGGAGCUUCUGCAGAGAAGGUGGGGAUCACGGCAGCUCCAGUUCAGGGGGGGAGGUUGUGUCGUCUCCAGAUUCCUUUAAGCGAGUAGUAGACGGCUGUGAGAUGGUGGCUGUUGUUGCCCAGGGAGACUGCCUGACUAGUAUCUACAGCCCAGAUAUCCAUCGCACUGCCAGUCUACCCCGCGGCUGGCACCGUAUCAACCGCCACGACGGCUUAGACAAUGGAAAUGAGUACCGUAAUCUUGGCGUCACAACUUCAACUCCCUGCAGUCCCCGCGCCACACUCGAUCGCCGCGGAUCAACAGGCAAACAGGGUUUCUUCUCCAACAAGAAGGGGGGAAUCCCACCUCUGCCGCCCGUACGGAAGUCCAGCCUGGACCAGAGAAACAGAGCAGCCAGCCCUCUCCACCAGCUCAACCACGGAGUAUCAUCACUGAGCUCAACAGAUGAUGCUGGGGUGUCUGGAUGUGGCCCUGCAGGUGUCACCAGACAACAAGGCUCCAACAUCGACAGCAGCAGACUUUUCAGCGCCAAGUUGGAACAGCUUGCAAACAGGACCAACUCUCUGGGUCGGGUCCACAACUCCAACAGCGGUUCCCACCACUAUGACUGCUUUUCUCUGGAGAGGGGGGGCAGCCUGAGAGGAGGAGGUGGAGGAGGAGUGAGGGGGGACAGCACUAUGCCUCGUACGGGGCGCAGCCUGACACGUGCUGGAUCAGUCUCUUCUCCUACUGGAAACCCCAGCAGCCCCACUUUAAGUGCCAGUCCUGGUCUAAGCAGUGCUCCACAGUCACCCGCCAAAACCAGCAGCCAGUCAAAAAUUUCAGCAGUCAGUAAGCUGCUGAUGACCAGCAGCCCCAAAGCCAGGAGCCUGUCUACCUCCAGCACCAAGACCCUCAGCUUCUCCACUAAGUCUUUGAGCCAAGCUGCCAGCCGCAGCUCCAGCCUCCCUCCAAAUGGAAAGCCCCAGAGUUCAGUCCAGGGCCCGGUGCAGCAGCAGCAGCAGCAGCAGCAGGGACCCGCCCCGGGAUCCUGGUCUACCCAGUCUUUAAGCCGCAGUCGAGGGGGAAGCCUGGCUGCCAAGUUGCCUCUCAGGGCUGUAAACGGUCGGAUCUCAGAGCUCCUCCAGGGAAGUGCAGGCCCCCGUUCCAGGAGUCAUGCCCAAGGAGGAGGCACGGAUCCAGGAGAGGAAAGAGGAACUGGAGGAGCAAGUGGAGGGGGAGCAGCACCAGGAAGUGGAGGUGGAGGAAGUCAGGUGGAGGAGAGAGCAACAGUGGUCCAAACGCUUCCCUCUCCCUACAGCAAGAUCACAGCUCCCAGAAAACCACACCGCUGCAGCAGCGGACAUGCCAGUGACAACAGCAGCGUACUGAGUGGCGAGCUCCCCCCUGCCAUGGGAAAAACAGCCUUGUUUUACCACAGUGGAGGCAGCAGCGGCUAUGAGAGCAUGCUGAGAGACAGCAGCGAGAACACAGGAAGUACCUCCUCCGCUCAGGACUCCCUCAGUGAGCACAGCUCAGCCACCACCUCCUCCAGACGGAGCUCCAAGAGCAGCAAGAAGAGCAGGAGCAACACAGGCCUACAGCGUCGCCGUCUGAUCCCAGCACUGACCUUGGACUCUUCAUCCUCCUCACCUUCUCACCGUUCCUCCAAACAGACCAUCACGUCCUCUUCUUCCUCCUCCUCCAGCCCAGGUGCAUGCUGGGUAGAUGGCCCACUGGGGCCGCCAACUCCUUCAAGUCUCCGUGCUGCAACUGCAACGACAGAAACCUUUGAGAUCAAGGUGUACGAGAUAGACGACGUCGAAAGAAUGCAGAAGAGAAGAGACAAAGGCGGGAGUAAGGAGGUGGUGUAUGUCAGCGCCAAGCUCCGUGUGCUGGAAAACCGUCAGCAGAGGAUCAGCGAAGUGCGAGCAAAGUACCAGUGUCUGAAGAAGGAGCUGGAGCAGACCAAACAGUACCUGAUGCUUGAGCCACACAAGUGGACCACUGAAUUUGAUCUACAGCAGGUCUAUGAAGUGGACUCUAUGGAGUAUUUGGAGGCUCUGGAGACGGUGACAGACAAACUGGAAACCAGAGUCAACUUCUGCAAAGCUCACCUCAUGAUGAUCACCUGCUUCGACGUGUCCUCCAGACAUCGGUAGAAGAUGAGGGGACGGAGUGAUGGAGGACAGAGAGAUGUCGAUUGGAUGUCGACAUUGUAACACUUUCCCCCCCUUUGUAUUCCAACACCUUUCCAAAAUAUCCUCUAAAAGACACAUCUCAUUGGACGAAUGAAUAGUUGGAAGAAGGGACAAAAGGAUGGAGUGACCAGUUGAUCCUGCAUGGCAUCCUGAUGUUUCCUUCAAGUGUAAGUAGACCGAGGGACAGACGGAGAGAUGGAGGUACAUGAAGGGAGAUAUAUAACAGAUGAUACUUCAGAUUUUUUGUAGUAAACAACCUCAGAGACAGACAGUGAAGAACAUCUUAUGGACGAGUUACUUUGAUUAUUGAUAAACAUGGCUGUCCAGAGGGACAGACAGAUGGUUCUGCUUCUGUAAACAAACUUCAGAAGUGAACAGAGAAGGGAUUCAUUAGACUGAUGAGACACCCUGAAGACUGAGCCGAACAUUUAGGAAUGUAUGGAGAGGAAAGGAGCUGAGCAGGAAAGAAAAACUGCCAUUUUUAAAAAAAAAAGAAAACUGAUAAAGAAGAGGUGAAGAUGAGGAGAGGAACAACUUCUCUCUCCUCCGGGAAUUUACAAGAGUACUUUUUGGAGUUUCAAAGUUGAGAGUUAUUGCCUGUAAAGACAAAGUGCUGACUACACAACGGCCUGGUAUUGUUGGCAGUUGAUAAAAGAGACGGACCAAGGGGAAGACUGGAGGACAAAGAAAUAUGAUUUAAGAUAAGUGCCUUGUGAACAUCUCAACAAUACCCAGAGCAGUUCCCUUCUCUCUGAAAAUGAGUACAUGCAGUAAGUACGGUGCUAGCAUAGAAGAAAUAACCACAAUUGUUCAGUGUCAUUGGGAAAUCUUUGAGCUUAUAGCCAUUUCUAAAUGUGAUGUUUAAUUGUGGGUCCAUGUUUUGCUAUAUCAUAGACUAACAAAUACUGAGAGUUAGAAUGCUCUCUGGUCCAGUGAUGAGGGUGGAGAUUCAAUUUGAACUUAAUCCCUGACUGAAAGGCCUGAACAAGACCCGCACACCAAAUCCUCUUUCAAACUAAUGCAAGGACCUAAAGUUGAAUACGAUCAUCUUUUGCCCAAGAUGUGUGUGUUUAACAAAGGAAUAAAACAAUUACGCUAGUUUAUUGUGGUGUUUUUUCCCCCUACGUGGCUUCUAAUAUUUGAUCCUCUGGGGAAUAACUACGGGGGUCAUUUCCCCCUGAUACUGAUGUGAUGGCUUUUUCAUGUUCACAAAGCAAUGAGACAUCUGAGUCAUAUAUCAGUGAAAAAGUGUUUUUUUCUCUGAUCCAGCGUGAAGUCCAUCCAUCGAUUGACUGCCCGUCAGACUGACUAUCUGUUGUUUGUAUCUGUGUUGUUCUGCUCUAUUCUAAAAGAAGCUGAAUGAUUUGUCAACGUGUGUGUUUUAUAAUAAAGUAUCAUUUUUUAUGUGAGUGCAAUGGGACCAUGUAGAGACUGAAUGAUGGCGCGAUAUUUAAGAGUAAAGAGGACAAAGGUGCAGUAUUGGUCUAUUGAUAUACAGUUGUUUUACUUUAAGGCCUGUAUAUUAGAAACAAAGUAGAGAAUUAAGACUGAAUUUCUGGCUGUGGACAUCAAUUGUGGUUAAAAAUAAGCUGUAUAAAAAGUUCCAGUAUUGUUCUCUAUUUAAAAAAAAACAGAAAAUUAAAAGAUACGACUAAAAAUAUGUAUAAAAGAGAAACGGAAGAGCGCUGAUGAAAGAAAAGGAUGAUGACCAAAUUAGACGAUCUCUGCCUGGUUCCAUUUUUUGGGGGGAAGGACAGCAACUAUUACGAUUUGUUGAUAUUAUUAUCUAUGGUGCUUGAGAUGUUUAAGAUCUAAAUGUUUGUACAAAUAUAUAAAUAUAUGAAAGAGCCUGUUUCCCUCUAAAAGACAGAACAAUACCUUCAGAAUGCUUCUUCUUCUUCAUCAUCGUCGUCAUCACAUUUGUUUUAAACGUCAUCACUGCCCUCUUUUCUUAAUGCCUUUUAACCCAGCAAGCAGAGAGCAUUCUGGGAGAUUGUGUAGGUUAAAAAGGAGGAAUAGGCACUGACAGACUUCAUAGGAAUGGAAAUACUAAAUACUGGUAUGAGUUGUCAAAAGCAUCUUGAUCCUUAUAAAAAACAAACUUGUCAUUUCUUGUACACUACACUGACUUAGAAAUAGGAAUGACUUCAAAUGUUUGGAUCAUCUCUCUGCUGUGUACAGAGGUAUCAGUCAUCUAUCAUCAGUGACAGCUAUGGGAUGAUCCGGUGGGAAAGCUUAGAUGCUUUUGACAGACUGGACCCAUGAAGCGUUUCCACAGGAGGGGAGGAGGUAGCCGCACCGCUUCUCUAAUGGUCUCCGUUCACCGUGCCAGUCAUGAAUGAAGGUUUAUUUAUUUGAGCUCAGGAGAGCAGAGUCGCUUAGUAAUGUCCUUAUUUAUUUACACCUUAUGAUCUUAAGAGUUACUAUGCAUUUAAGUGAAAAAAAAGUGACUGUACAGCUCAUGUCAUAUAUAAAUAUAUAUACUGUACACAUAUCAUAUUUACGCUCAUUUUUAUUUUAUAUAUUUUCUCUUGGUUUCGUUUGCUCCUGUUGUUCCUGUUGGAGAUUGUCAAGGGUUUGGGUUUCGUAAAACAUUAACACCUAGGUUAGUUACCAGCACUACAGCUAAAUACUGACCUUACAGAGGACUUUUCAAGUGACACUGUCAAGUAUUUAUUCUGCAGUAUUAUCUCCAGGCUUUAUGAAGUAUCGGAUGUUUUGGGAACCCAAACCUCAGGAUGAGCUAAAAGUUUGUGUCCAGAUUUGAGAUGCUAUGUGUGAGGUUUUUGUCCCCUGAUGUGUCACUGCCAAAUUGACUGUGGUAGCACUUUAUGAUUCUAGUACGAGUAAGUGACAAAAACAUGACAUUUUCUUGACCCAAAUUGUUUAUGCUGAUCAAAUGCUCUAUAUAGGGCAAAGACUAUUUUACAGGUAAAGUGGCUCCUCUUAUUAGAGACAAAAGUGGUAAAAAUAUUGUGAGGUGAUUUGGAAAAAAUCCUUCACCGAAUGGUGUUUGUUGUACCAAUAUACAAAAAAAACUCUGAUUAAAUCUUUUUUUUUGCAGAAAUUGUAAUGUGUUUUAUCUACAAAUCUGACACAUAGCAUCCUCAAGUUCUCUUGGGUUGAAUUGAAGGUCAGACCACAUUUCAUUGUGUCAGUAGAAGUGUGGUCUGAUACUACGUGUUGAUGGAAGAGCAAGAAGGAGGGAUGUAAAUAAAGAAAUGUAUUGAAAGAAA